AUGGAAUCCUUAGCACGUCAGUCCGCUAAGCUCUGCCCCUUUGUCAAGAACCAUGCCAACAAAUCUGCUUUACAAAGCAUUAAUGGUUCUUCAUUGGCUAAUCAAGCUUCAAUGUGUCCAGUUAUGGGUCCUGCUUUAACUGAACAAAAACGUUCUUAUACAACUCCAUCAAAACCAAGAUUCGCCUCAGCUACUGCAACUCAAGAAGUUGAUGAUUAUGAAAUUUUAGAUCAUUCUCAAACUCAAGAACGUUCAUUUGAUUAUAAUGGAUUAUUUGAAGAUGAAUUAUCAAAGAAAAGAUCUGAUAAUUCUUAUAGAUUUUUCAAUAAUAUUAAUAGAUUAGCUAAAAGUUUCCCACAAGCUCAUAGAGCUACCGAGGAAGAUAAAGUUACUGUUUGGUGUUCAAAUGAUUAUUUAGCAAUGUCUAAAAAUCAACAAGUUAUUGAAACUAUGAAGAAAACUUUAGAUAAAUAUGGUGCAGGUGCUGGUGGUACAAGAAAUAUUGCAGGUCAUAAUAAACAUGCAAUUAAUUUAGAAAGUGAAUUAGCUGCAUUACAUAAAAAGGAAGCUUCAUUAGUUUUCUCAUCAUGUUAUGUUGCAAAUGAUGCAGUUUUAUCAUUAUUAGGUCAAAAAAUGAAAGAUUUAGUUAUUUUUUCUGAUGAAUUAAAUCAUGCUUCAAUGAUUGUUGGUAUUAAACAUUCAAAUGCUAAAAAAGAAAUUUUUAAACAUAAUGAUUUAAUUGAUUUAGAAUCAAGAUUAUCAAAAUAUCCAAAAUCUCAACCAAAAUUAAUUGCUUUUGAAUCUGUUUAUUCAAUGUGUGGUUCAGUUGCACCAAUUGAUAAAAUUUGUGAUUUAGCUGAAAAAUAUGGUGCUUUAACUUUCUUAGAUGAAGUUCAUGCUGUUGGGUUAUAUGGACCACAUGGUGCUGGUGUUGCAGAACAUUUUGAUUUUGAAGCUCAUCGUAAAGCAGGUAUUGCAUCACCAAAUUAUAAAACUACCCUGGAUAGAGUUGAUAUGAUUACUGCAACUUUAGGUAAAUCAUUUGGUACUGUUGGUGGUUAUGUUGCUGGGUCAUCAAAUUUAAUUGAUUGGUUAAGAUCUUAUUCUCCUGGUUUUAUUUUCACAACAACUUUACCACCUGCAGUUAUGGCUGGUGCAGCUGAAGCAAUUCGUUAUGUUAGACAUUAUAUUAAAGAUCGUCAAUUACAACAAUUAAAUACUGGGUAUGUUAAAGAUAAUUUAUCCAAAUUAGGUGUUCCAGUUAUGCCAAAUCCUUCACAUGUUGUGCCAAUUGUUAUUGGUGAUCCAGCAAAGGCUAAACAAGCAUCUGAUUUAUUAAUGAAUAAACAUAAAAUUUAUGUUCAAGCAAUUAAUUUCCCAACUGUUGCUCGUGGUGAAGAAAGAUUAAGAGUUACUCCAACUCCAGGUCAUAAUCAAGAAUUAUCUGAUGUUUUCUUAGAGGCUAUUGAUGAUGUUUAUAAAACUAUUGAAUUACCAAGUAUUCAAGAUUUAACUAAUCAAGGUGGUCUUUGUGGAGUUGGUGAUCCAAAUUAUAUUCAUCAAGAUAAUUUAUGGACUCAAGAACAAUUAAAUUAUACUGAAAAAGAUCUUAAUGAAAAUGUUUUCAAUCCUGUUAUUGAUCAAUUAGAAGUUAGUUCUGGUAUUAAAUAUUAA